AUGUCGCACGCCCGUGUUGAAGAGAUCUCUGACUCCGAUUCUGACCCUGAGGAGGUCGCACCAUCAGAUGACUUUGAUGAUAGAACCAUCAUUGCCCCUGCCAUUCCGACUAGGGCCCCAGUCCCAACUCCGAGUCGCAAUCCGCAACCGCCCAUAGCCCAUGUGCCCCAACCCCCACAACCUCAGCGGGAAAUUCCUAAGCACUUCCAAUGUAUCUACCCGGUCUACUUUGAUAAGACUCGUUCUCGCGCAGAGGGUCGUAAGGUUGGCGCAGAGUUGGCAGUGGAAAACCCUUUGGCACGAGACAUUGUGGACGCUGUGCAAAUUCUGGGAUUGAAGGGUGGUCUAGAACCUGAGAAACUCCAUCCAAAGGAUUGGGCAAAUCCUGGACGAGUGCGCGUGCUACUCAAAGAUGAAAAUGGUCAAUUGGUGAACCCAAAGAUCAAAAAUAAGCAUCAUCUAUUUAUCCUCGUUGCUCAAUACCUUAAGGCCAACCCUACCACCGAGCAAUCGCCAUAUCGGCUACGAAUCCACGGAAUGCCCACGCCAGAGAAACUCCCCGAAGCCCCUCAAGCCCCACGUGGCUGGAAGAUCGGCACCGUUCUUCCCCUCCACUCACCAGCCUACAGUGGUGGCGGUGUCAGCGACAAUCCUUUCCAAGAGGCCAUGGCUGAGAUGCAGAACCUGCAGGGUAUGCCAGGAAUGCCCCAGAUUCCCGGGAUGCCUGGAAUGCCUGGUAUGCCUGGUAUGGACAUAUCAGGAGGAUCUGGUUCGGAGAAGAAAAAGAAGGAUAAGAAGAAGGGCAAGGCAUGA